AUGGUCAAAAAGGCAGUAGACUCGCGCAUCCCAGCGCUGAUACGGAAUGGGGUCCAAGAGAAGAAACGAAGCUUUGUCGUUGUGGUGGGAGACAGGUCAAAGGAUGUUAUCGUCCAUCUUCACUACAUAAUGUCAAGUAUGGAUAUGAAGCAGAAUAAAUCGGUGCUAUGGGCAUACAAGAACAAGCUGCUCAAUUUCACUAGUCAUCGGAAGAAGCGCGAGAAUAAAAUCAAGAAAGAAAUAAAACGCGGAAUACGAGAAGCCAACACUGAGGAUCCAUUCGAGCUCUUCGUUUCGUUACACAACAUCCGAUAUGUUUUCUACAAGGAGACGGAAAAGAUUUUGGGAAAUACAUAUGGGAUGUGUAUCUUACAGGAUUUCGAAGCCAUAACGCCUAAUCUACUUGCCAGGACGAUCGAGACAGUGGAAGGAGGAGGACUAGUUGUAUUGCUGUUGAAGGGAAUGAGCAGUUUGAAACAGCUAUAUACACUUUCCAUGGACAUCCAUUCGCGAUAUCGGACAGAAGCCCAUGACGAUGUUACGGCUAGGUUUAACGAGCGCUUUAUUCUAUCAUUAGGCAGAUGCGAGUCUUGUUUGGUCAUUGAUGACGAACUCAAUGUCUUGCCAAUAUCUGGUGGUAAAAAUGUGGUGGCUCUUCCUCCUCCGGAUAUCAACGAACCCAAAACCGAAUCACAAAAAGAAUUAGACGAGAUGAAGGAAGCGUUACAGGACACGCAGCCAGUUGGGUCUCUGGUCACUUUAGCAAAGACCGUUGAUCAAGCGAAAGCCCUUCUUACUUUUGUGGAUGCGAUCGCUGAGAAGACUUUGAAGAGCACUGUGACGCUGACUGCUGCUCGAGGUAGAGGCAAAUCGGCAGCCCUGGGGGUAGCUGUUGCUGCUGCGGUUGCUCAUGGAUACAGCAAUAUUUUUAUUACGUCUCCCAGCCCAGAAAAUUUAAAGACCCUCUUUGAAUUCAUUUUCAAGGGGUUUGAUGCGCUCAAUUAUAUGGAUCAUGUUGAUUACUCGAUCAUUCAGUCAACAAAUCCCGAUUUCAACAAGGCGAUUGUGAGAGUAAACAUUCACAGAGCGCAUCGUCAAACCAUUCAAUACAUCCGGCCGCAGGAUGCUCAUGUUCUGGGCCAAGCCGAGCUCCUUGUCAUUGAUGAAGCGGCAGCGAUACCAUUGCCAUUGGUACGAAAGUUGAUGGGACCAUAUCUUGUAUUUAUGGCUUCAACUAUUAAUGGAUAUGAAGGAACUGGUAGAUCUCUUUCCUUAAAAUUGAUCAAGCAACUUCGCGAACAGUCAAGAGGCGGUUCAAAGGCUAUAGAGUCAGGGGAUGCGGAGGUUGCAGAUCGAUCAACUGGGAAAGCUUCGAAGACGGCCGAUUCAAGUUUUUCAGGAGGUCGUACAUUGCGGGAAAUUACCUUGGCCGAACCUAUUCGAUACGCCAAAGGAGACUUAGUAGAGAAGUGGCUUAACACUGUUCUCUGCCUCGAUGCGACAUUACCUAGAUCAAGACUUAACACUGCUCAGGGAUGUCCAGAUCCUUCUCAGUGUCAACUCCUCCAAGUUAACCGGGAUACGCUAUUCUCUUUCCACGACGUUUCGGAGAAGUUCUUACAACAGAUGGUUGCUCUGUAUGUCGCGAGUCAUUACAAGAAUUCGCCGGAUGACCUUCAAUUAAUGAGUGAUGCACCUGCUCAUCAGCUUUUUGUUCUCGUUCCACCAAUUGCAGAAGACAGCAAGCAUUUGCCUGAACCACUUUGUGUCAUUCAAGUAGCUCUGGAAGGAAAGAUCAGCAAGGAGAGCGUGUUGAAUAGUCUCAGUAGAGGAAAGAGAGCUGCUGGUGACCUCAUCCCCUGGAUAGUCAGUCAGCAAUUUCAAGAUGAGGAAUUUGCUGGUCUUUCAGGUGCUCGAAUUGUACGAAUAGCCACGAAUCCCGAUUACACACAGAUGGGGUACGGAAGCAAAGCGCUGGAAUUGCUUAACGACUUCUACGAAGGCAAAUUUGCAAAUCUUUCAGAAGAUUCCAGUGUUGAGGUAGAAGAAACAAUGACUCGAGUCACCGAUGCCGAGCUGGCAAAUGCUUCACUCCUUGAUGAUGAUAUUAAAGUUCGAGACAUCCGGAAAAUGCCGCCAUUAUUUUCAAAGCUAUCAGAAAGACGUCCAUCGGCCUUGGACUAUGUCGGUGUCAGUUAUGGUCUGACGCAGCCCCUCCAUAAGUUUUGGAAGAAGUCGUCGUUUGCUCCCGUCUAUCUUCGCCAGACCGCCAAUGAGUUGACUGGCGAACAUACCUGCGUAAUGAUCCGACCUCUUUCUAGCUCACCCGAUCCCUCAUGGCUGGGUGCCUUUACCCGCGAUUUCCACAAUCGCUUCCUAUCACUCCUGUCAUACAACUUCCACGCCUUUCCUUCAGUCCUCGCGCUGAGCAUAGACCAGUCUUCUACAGCCGGUUUUAAGCUCGACUCCUCAUACGCUCCAGCACCCCUAUCAUCUUCCGAACUCACCAGCCUUCUUUCGCCAUUCGAUCUGAAGCGACUAGAAAGCUAUGCAAAUAAUAUGCUCGAUUAUCAUGUCAUUCUUGAUCUCGUCCCCAAACUUUCUAACCUCUAUUUCACUUCGCGCCUCGAUCCAGACGUCUCGCUUACUGGAAUCCAAAAGUCUAUCCUGUUAGCUGUCGGCCUCCAACACAAAGACCUUACGGUCUUGGAAGCCGAACUCUCCCUUCCCUCUUCUCAGCUGCUCGCAAUGUUCAUCAAGAUCAUGCGAAAAAUGAGUUCACAUUUCCGUUCUUUAGUCGAUUCAGCUGCUGAAGCUAGCCUCCCUGCGAGAGAAAAUCUGGGAGUCAGUAGAGCAGAUGCAGAUAACGCAAUGGAUGAUGAGAUCGUUGAUGAGCGGUUUGCACCAUUGGAGAUUGGACUUGAAGACGAGCUUGAGGAAGGUGGCGAUGAAGCCAUGCGUGCUUUGAAGGAGAAACAGAGGGAACUGAUAGAUGCCCUACCUCUGGACCAAUACGAGAUUGAAGAAGGAGCUCCUGGCUGGGCGUCUGCAGAGAAACAAGUCCUCGCCGCCACUAAAGCCGGCAACAAGAAUCUUGUAGUAAGCGUCAAGAGCACCAAAGAAAAGAAGCGAAAAGCCGGUGAAACAGCAGCGGAGAUUUACGAAAAGGAGUUAGGUGAUAGAGAGAAGGUGAGCAAAAAAGCAAGGAAAGAGGGGAAAGGUAGUAAAAAGUCAAGAUCAUGA